AUGAAAAGGGUUAAUCUUUUUCUGGUUUUGGUACAUUUCAUCUUCUACAUUUUAUCUUCUCCGUGUUACUCCAUCGAAGAACGAGACAUUCUGCUUCAAUUCAAAGACGGUAUCAGUGACGAUCCGUACAAGAGCUUAGCCUCUUGGGUCUCCGACGGUGACCUCUGCAAUAGCUUCAAUGGAGUCACUUGUAACCCAGAUGGGUUCGUGGACAAAAUCGUUCUUUGGAACACAAGUCUCGCCGGAAUCCUAGCUCCGGGAUUGUCCGGUCUAAAGUCUAUUCGAGUUCUGAACUUGUUUGGCAACAGGUUUACAGGUAAUCUACCGUUGGAUUACUUCAAGUUGCAAACUUUGUGGACGAUUAACGUUAGCUCCAACGCGUUCUCUGGUCCGAUCCCGGAGUUUAUCGGUGGAUUGUCUAGCUUGAGGUUUCUCGACUUGUCUAGAAAUGGUUUCGCCGGAGAGAUUCCGGUUUCUCUGUUUAUGCUCUGCGGCAAGACCAAAUUCGUUUCAUUUUCUCACAACAAUCUCUCUGGAUCGAUUCCUGAUUCAAUCGUAAACUGUAACAACCUCCAAGGAUUUGAUUUCUCUUACAAUAGUCUCAACGGAGCGUUGCCGCCUAGGAUCUGCGACAUUCCGGUGCUUGAGUAUAUCUCAGUGAGGAGCAAUCUGUUGUCUGGUGAUGUCUCUGAGGAGAUACCGAAAUGUCAGAGACUGAGGUCUGUCGAUUUAGGAAGCAAUUCGUUUCACGGUGUAGCGCCAUUUGAGGUUCUUUCAUUCAAGAACAUAACUUAUGUCAACGUCUCUUGGAACCGGUUUGGUGGGGAGAUCGGAGAGAUUGUUAACUGUGGAGAAAGUUUGGAGUUUUUGGAUGCUUCGUCGAAUGAGUUAACCGGUGGGAUCUCUUCCGGUGUAACGAGUUGCAAAAGUCUCAAGCUUUUGGAUUUGGAGUCUAACAAGCUGAGUGGGAGUAUCCCUGGAGGUAUUGGGAAGAUGGAGAGCCUCUCGGUUAUUAGAUUAGGAGGUAACUCUAUAGAUGGGGAGAUACCAAAAGAGAUUGGAAGUUUGGAGUUUCUACAGGUUUUGAAUCUUCAUAAUAUGAAUCUCACUGGUGAGAUUCCAGAGGAUAUAUCCAAUUGCAGAGUACUUCUUGAAUUAGAUGUUUCAGGGAAUGAGUUAGAAGGAGAGAUUCCUAAGAAGCUAUUGAACUUGACAAAUCUAGAGAUUCUUGAUCUGCAUCGAAACCGUCUCAAUGGAAGUAUACCAAAUGAACUUGGAAGCCUCUCCAGAGUUCAGUUUCUUGACGUUUCACAGAAUUCUCUUUCAGGGUCAAUACCGUCUUCUCUUGGGAAUUUGAGUACUCUAACGCAUUUCAAUGUCUCAUACAACAAUCUCUCCGGUGUGAUUCCUCUUGUUCCAAAGAUGCAAGCUUUUGGAUCUUCUGCGUUUUCAAACAAUCCUUUCCUUUGCGGUGAUCCUCUUGUGACUCCCUGCAAUGCACGUGGAGCUGCUGUGGCAAAAUCAAGAAAUUCUAAAGCACUAAGCAUUUCAGUUAUCAUUGUUAUAGUUGCUGCUGCGUUGAUCAUCUUUGGCGUCUGCCUAGUACUUGCUUUGAAUCUAAGAGCUCGUAGAAGGAGAAAAGAUGAAGAAAUAGUUACAAUCGAAACCACUCCUCUGGCGUCUUCAAUCGACUCUAGCGGUGUGAUAAUCGGAAAGCUUGUUCUUUUCAGCAAGAACUUGCCUUCAAAGUAUGAAGAUUGGGAAGCGGGUACUAAAGCUCUGCUCGACAAGGAGAACAUAAUCGGCAUGGGAUCGAUUGGAUCAGUCUAUAGAGCGUCUUUCGAAGGUGGAGUUUCCAUUGCGGUGAAAAAGCUUGACACUUUAGGAAGAAUCAGAAACCAAGAAGAGUUUGAGCAAGAAAUAGGACGGCUUGGAGGUUUGAAACAUCCCAAUCUGUCUUCUUACCAAGGUUACUACUUCUCCUCAACAAUGCAGUUGAUUCUCUCUGAGUUUGUUCCUAAUGGUAGCCUCUACGACAAUCUACACCUAAGAAUCUACCCUGGAGCCAGCUCAAGCCAUGGGAACACCGAUUUAAACUGGCACAGAAGGUUUCAGAUUGCGUUAGGAACCGCAAAGGCUCUCUCUUUCCUUCACGAUGACUGUAAACCGGCGAUUCUUCAUCUCAAUGUGAAGUCCACAAACAUUCUGCUAGACGAAAGGUACGAGGCAAAGCUAUCGGAUUACGGAUUAGGAAAGUUUCUUCCGGUUCUCGACAGUUUCGGUCUGACCAAGAAGUUCCACAACGCGGUUGGGUACAUUGCUCCGGAGCUAGCUCAGCAGAGCUUGAGAGCGAGUGAGAAAUGCGACGUGUAUAGCUACGGUGUUGUUCUGCUUGAGCUGGUUACAGGUAGAAAACCGGUUGAGUCUCCGUCGGAGAACCAAGUCUUGAUCUUGAGAGAUUACGUGAGGGAUCUGUUGGAGACUGGCUCUGCUUCUGAUUGUUUUGACAGAAGGUUGAGAGAGUUUGAAGAGAAUGAGCUGAUUCAAGUCAUGAAGUUAGGACUUCUUUGUACGUCAGAGAAUCCAAUCAAGAGACCGAGUAUGGCAGAGGUUGUGCAGGUUCUUGAAUCAAUCAGAAAUGGAUUUGGAUCUUGA